AUGCCUUUGGAGGAAAAUGUGUGUGGAAAUUCUACAAUGUUUAAUUUUCUUGUUGCCAGACUUAAAAACUGUUUCCGUUAUCAAAAACUGGUUUUUUUUAAGGUUAUAGGUGACAAGAAAGGAGGAAAAACUUCAAAGAUCUUUGCCAAUAACGACUCGAUGAAGACUCUCGAGGAAAUCGCUGAAGUUGUUAAAUUACCAAUGAAAUUCAUCCACGUAACAAGGAACCCAUUCGAUAACAUAGCGACGAUGACACUCCGCUUGGCGAGCCAGCGUAAUAAUGUGAGAGAAGAGGGAAUUAAGGUAAUAUUCGUCCCAUGUAGGGGAAUACAGGACAGUCUUCUAUUCUGGAUUCCACGUCGUGGAUAUCCGGAUUCCAGGUACUGGAUUCCAGUCUUUGUCAGUGGAACUUGGAUUUUUGGAUUCCAAUCGCUAGUGGGAUUCAGGAUCCCUUGAGCUGUUUUCCAGAUUCCAAAGCCCAGGAUUCCGGAUUCCACAAGCAAAGUUUUCUGAUAAGAUUGGGACAGAGCUGCAGCGGGUAGUUAGGAGACUGUAAUUAGGUGGAGCGUUUACGAUAUUGUUUGCCACAUUGCAACAGUAAGACCUAACACGGUCAUCUUUCCGUGUUUUCUCCAAGGAAUGACUUGCAACAUUGUGGGGGGAGGGGAGGGGGAAGCGCAUCAGACCACCCGCACUCGACAAGUUGGAUGUCCACUUCAUUGAGAGGUGUUUGUUGGAAUGUGUAUAGGAGAACAAAACGAUCAUUUUGGACCUCCUGUGCUAUUCGGGUUGAUCAAAAUAUGGUCAAAUUUCUGUGUAAAUAUACAACAUUCAGAAUCGUUCUGAUCUUCCCGAGAGCCAGGAAAAAUUAAGGCAAAAUUAAUGAAUUUAGUUGAUCUUGACAAUAAUAUGAAAAAAAGCUCUACCAAUAUACAUCGCGCCAAAAAACUUCCAAAAAAGCACUAUGUGUUAACAUGGGUAGUUGAACGCGUCCCAUUAUGACAACCUUUCCAUUCACAAAUUAGCAAAUAGCACUACCCUCAUAUGGAUUUCAAAUGCUACAUAAGACUACUAAUAUAUGUAUAUAUUUUUUUUUCAUUCUUCCUUCGCAGUUAAAUGACACAAGAAGACUCGAUCUGUCUAUAAACUCUUACUUUAAAUUAGCGACUGCUAAUCAGCGCGUCCGGGAACGUUACGGAAAAGCAGUGAUCGAUAUUCCAGGACAAGAAACAGUGCUCAGACCAAGAGAGACCAUACAGAAGUUGUGUGACCAUUUGGGGGUCACGUGCUCGGAUGACUAUCUUGAUAAAUGCAGUAAUAUUAUGUAUGGUGCACCCUCAGUGACCAGAGACAAAGUUAUUUGGACUGAAGAACAGAAGAGACGAGUGACGCAAAAGAUGAAGGAGUUUCCGUUUCUUAGAGAUUAUUCGUUCGAUGUAUAUCCAGAGUGA